AACCCCUCUGCUCGGCCCCUUCAAGCUUUCUCUUCCUCGAGAACAGAGCUCCCCGCAUCCUUCCCAAGCUACCACCAUCUUCCUCUUCACCCCACUCCAUUGCCCACGAGAACAGGAGGAGAUCAAGUUGCUGCCAUGGUUAGGCCACAGCAGCGAUACCGAGGCGUUCGGCAGCGGCACUGGGGCUCCUGGGUUUCGGAGAUUCGCCAUCCUCUGCUGAAGGCAAGGAUUUGGCUGGGCACGUUCGAGACCGCGGAGGAUGCUGCGAGAGCCUACGAUGAAGCAGCGAGGCUCAUGUGCGGUCCGAGAGCAAGAACCAACUUCCCCUUCAAUCCCACCUGUGGUCCUUCGUCGAAGCCCAACUACUUGUCGGCCGCUCUUACUGCGAAGCUACACCGCUACAACUUGGCAUCUCAUCAAGCACCCCAGCCUGUAGCGAAAGCCUCACCGGUGCAAGAGCCGCUGCCUCCGUUUACCGCUGACAACAAGAUCUCGAUCGCCAUCGGCGAUCAGCAGCAGAACAAGCUGGCAGUGGCUGUGCAGCAGCAACAAGUAGAGAGCGGUUGGAUCAUGAAAGAUGAGGUAGAGUUGAGCUACUUGGAGGAGCAUCACAUAGAGCAGAUGAUAGAGGAGCUGCUGGACUCUAACCUCUGCAUGGAGCUCUGCUACACUGCGCUGUAGAUGAUACUGCAACCUUGAUUACAUUCAGUAUUGAUUCUUCUCAAGGAUUCGAUCGUUACCAAGUCCUGUUUUCUUAGUGCAGUAUCAGACAAGUGGUAGAUGUACAGGCAUGUAUCAGACUGAUAUUUUCAGGGUCAGUCAGUGACAAAAGUAUUGUAGUAGUGGAAAUGGGAUGAUUUCCUUUCUCUUUUGCAU